CUCUCCUCUGGAUGCGGUAUGUGUCUGCCCAGUAUGCCCAUCUUUCGUAAACGCUAAACCUUAAUGGCGAAGCUUUCAGGACCCGUUGCCAUUCCCUUCCUAUAAAUAUUUACACGUCCUCUUUUCACCCGUAUGCGAUACCGGAAUCCCAUUCCAAGAUAAGAUAGAGAGAGCCAUAAGCGAAGCGCAGAUUCUCUUUCCAGUAUAUACACACACACACACACACACAAACAUACAUACAUACAGAGAGAGAGAGAGAGAGAGAGAGAGAGAGAGAGAAUGGCGGCGGUGGAUGUGUUGCCGGAGGGGUGCAUAGCGAAAGUGGCGUCUCUGACGAGUCCCCGGGACGCGUGCAGGCUGGCGGUGGUGGAUUCCACGUUCAAGUCGGCGGCGGAAUCGGAUGAGGUCUGGGAGAGGUUCCUGCCGUCCCACUACAAGGACAUCAUCACCCGAGCCGUUGAUUUUCCGAACCUCACUCGUUCUUCUUCUUCUUCGUUUGCCUCCAAGAAACAGCUCUAUCUCUGGCUCUCUGACAAUCCCCUUCUAAUCGACCAGGGCACUAAGAGCUUUUCGUUGGAGAAAUCAAGUGGAAGGAUAUGUUACAUGUUAGCUGCACGGAACCUCACAAUUGUAUGGGGUGACACACCCAGCUAUUGGAGAUGGAUGUCCAUACCCGAGUCCAGGUUCUCGGAGGUAGCUGAGCUUAUUAACGUGUGCUGGCUUGAAAUUCGUGGCAAGAUAAACACAAGCAUGCUGUCCCCAAACACAACUUAUGCAGCUUUCUUUGUAUUCAAAUCAACUGCAGAAGCCUACGGAUUUGAAUACCGACCUACAGAAGUUGCUGUUGGAAUUAGUGGAAGUGAAAGUGAAACUCAAUCUGUUUACUUGGACCCGGAAAGAGGGCAGAGGCUGCAAUAUCAGAUUGUACCCAGGAACCCUGUCUUUCGUCGUGGCUUCAGCUUUGGUAACAGGCGGAGGCAGCGUACAUCCUCAGUACUCAACAAAGAGAGCUGCGAUAGGAAAUACCCAAAGGUGAGAGGAGAUGGGUGGAUGGAGAUGGAGAUGGGUGAAUACUUCAACAAGGGUGGUGAUGGGGAAGAUAAGGAACUGGAGAUGAGUGUGAUGGAGGUAGAACGUGGUGAUUGGAAGAGUGGCCUCAUUGUUCAAGGGAUUGAGAUCAGGCCAAAGGUUGUGGACAAAUAAAAAAUACCGACGGAGAAGAUUUGCUUUUGUAGUGGAGUGAAGAUAUCCAUCUUCCUAUAAAUCUAAUUUCCAUUCCUCCAAGCUCUCUCUCUCUCUCUCUCUCUCUCUCUCUCUCUCUCUCUCUCUCUCUCCUGGGUAUUUGAAUGCUCACCUGUUUCUUGAAUUCACAAUGUGGAGGAUUUUGUUGGCUGGCUGCAAAUCGGUACAGGCGGCAAGUAAUUUUAGGCUUUUGUUUUUGGGUAGUAGGUUUUUCUAUCUUUUUUGCUGUAUUUGCGAAAUUGGGUUCUAGUUUUGCCGCAAGAUCCCCCUCAGGUUGGCGGAAUCCAGUAGUGCACGGAUGCACUAUAAUGGUUAUCUAUGAAGAGAGGUAGAAGGGGCUGUAUUAGUUGGCUUCCUAUGUAUAUAAUUUUCACAUUCUAUCGUAUUUCAUUUCCAUGUAUAUAAUUUAAUUUUCACAUUCUAUCGUAUUAUUAUCACAAACAAAUUUGUGAGCCCAACUUUCUGUACUUCUUGAACUUUAGAAUGUUGUGUUACUCGUGCUGUAUUUUCUAUGCUAGAGAUUGCGUUUCCUCUCUAUUUUCUAGUCCGGUCCAAGGGCGCGGAUUCCACCAUGAGCUUAGGAAAAUGGGAAACGUGAUCACCCGCCUGAAGACUCUAACACAAGUUAACAGGUUGCCCUGAAAGAAGAAAAUUGUACAGGAUUGCUUAGUGCUUACAUGAUACGGUUGGGAUUAAAACACCCACCCGCCUAUUUGAUAUAGAGCAUACCCAUUUCGGUCGAGUAUAAACAACAGAGGCAACACACGAGAACCGAACAGGUUGCUCCGAAAGGUGAAUGACAUCUCUGGAAAAGGAAAGGGGCUAGGACACCUAAUAAUAUAACCUGUUCAUAUGAGAACCUAACAACACACACCUCCACAGAUUUCAGAAGAUGAUGACGCGUUACGAAAAUCAAGGAGUCCACUUUAGCCGAGGACACUAAUAUAUAAGUAUGCACAAAAAUAUAAGGCACUGACAUUCUCAAAACUAUACUCCAGCCUUAGUACAUCUAUUAAUAGAUCUGUAAUCAAAAUACAAGGUUGCAGACCGACCGUGCACACCAAAACAGGAAGUAAUAAUUUCAAGAGGAUACAAAGGCAAUGUUCAGCCCUCGUCCACAGGUGAGUAAAGCAAACAUAACAACUAACACAUGAAAAUAACUUAUGCAGCAUGCCUGGUUUAUUUCUCUUCCAAAAUACUAUGAACUACGCUAAUAACUACGACAAGAAGGCUUGAAAACUAAGUUACCCAAACCUACUUAGUUCAGCAUAAUUUCCAACCAUGAUGUUGGGAUAUAAAGUCGUGACUUGAAUGGAGCAAAACAUUGAGGAUAUGUUUUAAGAACAUUUCCGCAAAAAUCCUGGGGUUUGGCAAAUCUUUCCAGAUCAUUCAACAAUUGCCGCCUCCACUAAGGUCAGACAACCGAAUAGGUGCUUUUGGAAAGAACAACGCAAACCACAGAAAGCCGAAAGCAGUGAUCCACUAAGAACAUAGGAUGCGUGUGUAGCAAAUUAACCACAGGCCACGCACACUUAAAGUGGGUACGACAAAUGCAAACCACAGGAAACCACAGGCCAAACCCACUUAAAGAGGGUACGACAAACGCAAACCACAGGAAGCCAAAAGCAGUGAUCCACUACGAACAUAGGAUAUGUGCGUGU